GGCUUCUCUCUGUAUAAUGUGGAAGUCUGGGAAGGUCUAAGUGCUGGGGCCCGCCCUCCUCCCUCUCUACCUUUCAUUGCACCUGUCCAAGAUCUGCAUUAGGAGGACCUCCUGCAGCCAGCAGCACUGCUCUCUCCUGCUGCUGCCCCCCUUCAAUCUGAUCGGCAGAUCACGGGAAAAGAUUUUUUUCUCCAUUCCAUCGCAGACGUGAACAAUCUCCUACACAGCAUCCCAAACGAGAACUAUCCAAGCCCUAACAUGUCCCAUGAGCUGAGCCUGGGGAGUCUGCAGGGAAAUGUGGAUUAUGGUGAUCAUUAUGAUUAGCAUUGCAUGUGAAUGGGCCUGCAUUGGGAAGGAGACACUUUGCACAUUUUAAACACCAGCCCUGCGAAGUGUGAAGAGGAGACCUGAAGCCUCAGCAACAUACAACCUGCUGCAUUAACAUAUGUCAACUUGGCCAAUAUACAAACUGUCUGCACAUAAAGGUGUCAGGGCAUCUCUCUCCCACAUUCGGGACCUUUGGGUCAGAUCACAAAGAGGUUCCCCUCCUGUCCUGCAUUUCUGCACCUUCUCUUGCCACCCAUGGCUCCUGUGCCCGAAGUGGGCACUUACCUGGCCGGGUUUGACUCCCUUGGACAAGUUGGCUCCCAUUACUUGCUACCUCCUGCCAGGGAGAAUCCUCUGUUGUACAACGAUCCGCUCGGACAAUCUGAUCGUCUUUCGCGCAGCGCCCCCUCCGACUUGGCGCAUCUACAAGGCAUUUUGCGCCGCCGCCAGCUCUACUGCAGGACGGGAUUCCACCUACAGAUUCUACCCGACGGCAUCGUCCAGGGCACCCGGCAGGAUCACAGCCGCUUUGGUAUUCUCGAAUUUAUCAGUGUGGCAAUUGGUCUGGUCAGUAUAAGAGGAGUGGACAGUGGUCUAUACCUUGGAAUGAAUGAUAAAGGAGAACUCUUCGGAUCGGAGAAACUGACUUCUGAGUGCGUUUUCCGGGAACAGUUUGAAGAAAAUUGGUAUAAUACUUAUUCAUCAAACUUAUACAAGCAUGGGGACUCUGGGAGGCGAUAUUUUGUAGCACUUAAUAAAGAUGGAACUCCGAGAGAUGGUGCGCGAGCUAAGAGACAUCAGAAAUUCACUCAUUUUCUGCCCAGACCAGUGGAUCCUGAAAAAGUGCCUCAACUGUAUAAAGAGGUCAUGGGAUAUAGCUGAAAAUUCCUAUAAAGCAUGAAGGCUUUCUAAACUAAAAGUAUGCCUUCCAUGAGGCAAAAUCAGGUCAAAGGACUAAAGUCACUAAUAUCGUGGAUGACUGGGAGCAAGAAAUGUGAUAGUCGUUGUAGGGACAACCUACUUUAUGGAUGAGGAUGCAGUACCUGGUGGAUAAGGUAGAAAGCCAAGAUUUCAUUGUUGCUCACUUUUGGACUUGCAUGGCUUUUAGAAAACUGCAUGACCGUGGUGUUUGGCAUGGCAUAUCCCACUCCAGAAAAACUGUCGAGCAUAGAACGGGCAAAUAAAAAUAUGCUAAUAUUGCCCACACAUCAUUGAGGUGCUUACAACUUUUAAAGGUCAACAGAUACAAAAAAACAAACAAACUGCAGUUCAAUACUUCUCUUUAGAUAUGUAUCUCUUAAACAAGGUGCAGUUUCCAAUCUGUGGACUUAAUAUGCAUAUAUAUCUAUAAAUAUAUAUUUAUUUUUUUAUACUUAUUUAUUUAAAAAUUCUAUUUUUUACUGAUGUGUUUAUAGACUGGUCACUAUGCUCUCUGACCAUGUGCUAUUGUGAUAUUUUGUGUAUCGGCUUAUUAAGACAUUCCCAGUAAUUGACUAUUUGACAAUUCUUUUUUGGAAACACUAUUUCCACGUUAAUGAUUAACUUAGUUUAUGUUGUCAGAGUACUUUGUAUAUUUGACAACAAAUGGAGGUUAUUGGAUUCUUAAAAUGUACAUGAAUGCCGUAAUACUGUAACAAUUUAAUUGCCCAUUAACAAAGGUAUUAAAACACAUUGAAAUGAAAA